CAUCCGUCCAAUCGCAGGUAUGAAUCCCGCUGGGGCUCGGGCGCCCCCGGCCGUCCGAUUUCGGCUGUAGCCCACGCGCGCAUUGUGCGCCGUGUCACUGUGUGGACGGCGCCGGCCGCGCGGCGGCGUCACCCGUCGAUCAUGUGGCAGCCCACCACCACGGCCCGGGUGUCACGCGCGCGCCCGCGUCGCUCUCUGGUGGGAGCAGUGCGAGCUCGCUAGUGCGCUGCUCAAAGCCGAGUCUCAGCUCGCAACUACCAACCGGCAACCGCGCCAGCUCCAGUCCGCGCGAGCUAUAUAUGCGCUCCGCGCUCAGCUGUGCAGCUCCACCGCCGUAUCGUGUGACUGAGACUGAGAGCAGCACCCAGGUCGACGCCGUCCUCGCCUAGCCGGCAGCUUCUUACAGCGACGCGGUGGGUGGUGAGAGCGAUGGACCCGUACAAGUACCUCAACAUCCGCUUCAACCCGGACGGCUCGCUCACCCGCAACGGCCAGGCCAAGCUCCUCCCGGCGGCGCCCUCGGGGGAGCCCGUCGCGGUCACCACCGCCGACGGCGGCCCCGCGCGCCGCAUUGUCCACUCCAACGACGUCCCGCUCGACGACGCCAAGGGUACGAGCGUGCGCCUCUUCGUGCCGGGCAUGGCCGCGGCGCCCCGCAGCGGCAGGCUGCCGCUGAUCGUCUACUUCCACGGGGGCGGGUACGUGCUCUUCCGUGCGGCCUCCGAGCCGUUCCACAACAACGCCGCGGUACUGGCCGCCACCGUGCCCGCCGCCGUCGCCUCCGUUGACUACCGCCUCGCGCCCGAGCACCGCCUGCCCGCCGCCUUCGACGACGCCGCCGACGCGGUCAGGUGGGUGCGUUCGUACGCCGCCGAGUCGCCGGGAAGGCCGAUCUUCAUAAUGGGCUGCCACAACGGGGCCAGCAUCGCGUUCCGCGCGGCGCUGGCGGCGGUGGACGAGGGCGUGGAGCUGCGGGGGUUGAUACUGAACCAGGCGCACCACAGCGGCGUGGAGAGGACGUCGGCGGAGGCGGCGUCGGUGGACGACCGCGUCCUGCCGCUGCCGGCGAACGACCUGCUCUGGGAGCUCGCGCUGCCGCUGGGCGCCGACCGGGACCACGAGUACUGCAACCCGGAGGCCAUGCUGGCCGGCGUCGGGGUGGAGCAGCUGCGGAGGCUGCCGCCGUGCCUGGUGCUCGCCCGUAAGAAGGACCCGCCGAGGGACCGGCAGAGGGUGCUGGUGCAUGCGCUGCGGAAGGCCGGGGUGGCCGUGGAGGCGCAGAUGGACGGCGCCGGGUACCACGCGAUGGAGCUGUUCAAGGAUAACUGCGCCGCGGAGUUCAAGGCGCAGGUGACGGACUUCGUCCGCCGCCACGCCGACGACGGCGUCGACGUAUACGCAGCGAGGAGCAGGCUGUGAUCGGUGGAUCCAAAAGCGGAGAGGGAGUAAUUUUUACCACCUACCGGCGGCAACUUGAGAUCGCCACGUGCUUGUUACAAUUAGAAAGUUCGUGGAGAAAAAACUCUUAUCUUAUUUUCAUGGCUACCUCAUCCCUUCCCUUCUAGUAAACUGUAAGGCAUGCUGCUUCUUUUUUUUGCUGAAAAAAAAUAUAUACAACUUUGAUCAUUAAUAUAUACCAAAUCACAUAUGGAUUAAACAUGUAUAAAUGGUAUCAUCAUAUUUGUCUUGCAAAUUAAUUUUGUUUCAUAUGCCUUCAUACCAAUUUGUAGACAUACAAAUGAGUGAAAAAUAUAGUCAAAAUUGAACGAUAAAGAUCAAAAAAGUCAACCUCAUUUGAUAUUUUGCGAAGGAGGGAGUAUUGUGUAGACCUGCUAGUAGAAUUUGAAGCACGCGUGCUUUGCUCACUGUUUCUCGGUUGCGAGUGUUUUCACGGGCUAUUACAAUUAGAGAUCAGCACUUUUACAUCUAAAAAUGAAGAGUCAAACUGAACUGAGUUGAUCGAUAUUUCGGAUUUAUUAGGUUAUGAUGUUCGAUGGUGUUUUCAUCUCUAAUUGUUUUUUUCGGGCGUACCAUCGCUUUUUAUCCUGCAUAAAUCGGAUUGACUAUUAGAUCAUAUACAUCAAAAUGAAUCUUGCUUGUCUCUAACUUUUCUACUUUGUUCGCAGGUGUAGGUAUGAUCCUAGACCCAUGUACGAUGCAUGCCUCACACAACCAAGUUCACUCAUGCCUCUCCCUAUCAGCAUCACUCUUCUUGCACUCGUUUUCUUCUAAAAAACAACUCCAAUCCCUUAACUUACUCGCCUCACAACCGUCAGUACUAGGGAGAACUCUAUAGGCAGCCACUUAAUAGUAGGUGGGGUAAGUGGGCCGCGCUACUGCUAUUCAGUAGUAGCGCGGGAUAAAAUACUACGCUACAGGUACAAAGUAGUAGUAGCGGGUACGCUAACACCGCGCUACUACUAAGUGGUCCCCACCAUGCCCCCGGGGCAGGCCAUAGUAGCAGCGCGGGGUAUAUAACCCGCGCUACAACUAACAAGAUAGCAGUAGCGCGAGCUAUAUACCCCGCACUACUACUGUGGAUACGCGGGGCCAUCUAGUGGGCUCCACUUAACAGCAGCGCGCCCUGUAGCUCCAUGCUACAGCUAAUGGGCUUAGCAGUAGCGCGGGCCCCGUGCCCCGCGCUACUACUUAGCGACCCAUAUCCUCUCCCUGCCGUUUGUUUCUCACUCCCUCCCCUCCCUCUUUCUCCCUCUCUCGUCGUUGCUCUGGCUCCUCCUCCCUCCCUCCUCCCCUUCCUCCACUCUGCAUGAGGAAUACUAUGUGCUAGUUUGAAAUUUCAUGAAGUGUCCACAGGGGAGAAACAUUUUGGUAUUUGUCAUCGAUUUUUAAUCUUUCAAUUAUGAACACAACAAAUGGAUGACGACGAUAGGAUCCCCGAGUGUGAUGAUUGUACCGACGAUGGGGGUAUCUGCAACAAUCCUCACUUGAAAAAUGAUAUGUGCUUCUCCCUCAUGUUUAAAGAUGGCCUUGAAUAUUAUAUAAUAGGUAACUUCAGCGGUACAUAUUUCUUUUUUUUCUUUAACAUGUAGUUUCCGCUUUUUAUAAUCCGACUAGUGCAUCCCCUGUUAUGCAAGACAUUAUGUACUAGAGAAGCUCUCUUUCGAUGACAUGGAUAAGCCAGAUAAGAGGAAUGCUUACCAUAAGACGAAACAUGGUUUCAUUUUUGCUA